AUGGAAUGCCCCUCUGCCCAAGAUGUUUGGAGUCAAUGUGGGAAAAAGAUACAAAAAACUAACUUCUUUUUCCAAUCUUUCAAAGCCUUAUUGGAAUCUCUACUCGAGUCCCUUGAAGAAGAAGAGAUGCUAGAAUUUGCUCUUACUACAUGGCUUAUUUGGAAAAGAAGGAAUGACUUGGUCUUCAAUAAUCAAUUCUCACAUCCCAACUCUAUCAUUCAAGCUUUCAAGUUACUCAUUGCAGAACUUCACCAAUCUCAGCAACCAGCUCAGGCAAAUUCCACUCAUUCAAAUGCUAAGGCUCAAUGGGAAGCCCCUCCACAAGGAAAACUGAUGCUUAAUUGGGAUGUUGGAAUUCACAAACUCAACUGCAAGGUGGGAGUAAGGGCAGUAAUACGUGACUGGGAAGGGAAGGUGUGUGCUACAUUAAGAAUGAAUCAUAGUCUUUUCCUAGAACCUCUUCUAGCUGAAGCCUUUGCAGCAUAUCAAGCUUCCAUAUUCCUCAAAACACUAGGGUGGCAAGAAGUGAUAAUAGAAGGAGACUCUCUACAAGUGGUUAAUGGCUUGAUGUCCCCAUCUAAAAUAGACUCAUACGUAGGAAUUCUAAUCAGAGACACCAAGAUCACUCUGAACUCCUUCACCAACUGGUCUGCCAGGCACACUAGAAGAACUUGUAAUAACUUAGCUCAUGUGUUAUGUAAAGAUGCUCUAAGCAUUAGUAAUAGCAUCAUGACUAUGGAUGCUAUCCCCUCUUGUAUUCAAUCUUUGGUUUAA